AUGACCAAAGUUAUCUUGCCCUUGAAAUUAGGCAUCUCCAGAGCUGCCGUAGUUGCCGGGGAAAGUGCUGGAUUAGUCUCUGAAUAUGCUGGAUUAGUCCCCAAGUCGGCAGAAGAGUUCAGUGGAACGAUGUGGAAAGUUCGAACUGUUAAUUCUGACUCAAUCGCUGCACUAUCCGACACUACUGAAACGCGUAUCAGUUUAGGGUGUGAUACGUGGCAAAAUCUAGAUCUUACUCCAAUGAAAGUUUAUUUGCGGAAUAAUUUCUCUAAAAGGUAUUUUUUUGAUACCGUACGGAGAACAUUCAUAAUCGAAGGGAUUCACAAUUGUUUUCUCGAUUUAUUUGGAUCCUCUGUGAAUUACGAAAUCAAAUCAUACGAUCACCAACUGCCACCGAGUCUGAAAAAUAUCAAGAACAGUUGUAUUGGAUCACUUGCUGCAACAGAUGCAGAAAAGUUGGAGGCAUGUUUCAAAAAUUCUCCAAAUCAAGAAUACAUUAUACUCGAUGGAAUAGGUCCACUGAAGUUGUGCCAGAAUUCUGUGAUUAAUCGGACUGAAUAUUUGGAUAUCUACAGUCGUGGAACUUGCGGAGAUGAUAUUCUGAUGAGUUUCAAAGGAAAAUCUCUUAACUUGAUAUUUGUACAUUUUCAACAAUCUACUAUUACUAAGUUUCUGAACAACUGGAAGUCUAAUCAAGGAUUCCAAAACUUGAAAUUUCUUUGUAUUCAUCAUUAUCAUGACGAGAAUUUGGAUAUUGCCAAAAUAAUGGAAGAAACUGGUGUUCGAUGGUUGCCAGACGAUACUGUCCUGAAAUGGAGAGAAAGAAACACGCCAGAAGUGUUAAAUGGGCAAAAGGAAUGGAAUGAGAGAAGUUUAGUUUCUCGCAAGUACUUGGAUAGAGACUCUGAUGGAGAAAGAGCUUUUGCGACAAGAGCAGUUAUCAUCUGUGGAGUUGCGGAGAUUCGACGAGAGAUUGGAGAGGAUCUGAUUAUGGCACGAGAUGGUGGAGAAGAGGUUGAUGGAAUGGUGAUGAUUGGGACACCAAUACUUUCAGAUGACACUUUUCGGGCGUUUAUUAGCAGUUUCUACUAUCUCUCCACGUUCCUUUACACUCGCGCUCCAACUUGUUUCAAUGGAGCGAGAUUGCAUGAUAUAUGA